UCCAGCCGCCCGGUCUGGCCCCAGCCCAGUCCCGACCCCCGGCCUGGCCCACUCCGGCCUUACCCGGCCGAAGGGUUCCACUGGACACGCAGGCGGCCCCUGGAGCAGCACAAGCCCAUGAGGGCCGCGCGCCCGGCCGCCGGUGCUGACGAGACGGAGCUCCCGGCCCCCGAGGAGGAGCAGAGGAUCAAUGCGGUUCAAGAAUCGGUUCAUGAACCAUCGAGCUCCAGCCAAUGGCCGCUACAAACCAACUUGCUAUGAACAUGCUGCUAACUGUUACACACAUGCAUUCCUCAUUGUUCCGGCCAUUGUGGGCAGUGCCCUCCUCCAUCGGCUGUCUGAUGACUGCUGGGAAAAGAUAACAGCAUGGAUUUAUGGGAUGGGACUCUGUGCCCUGUUCAUCGUUUCUACAGUAUUUCACAUUGUAUCAUGGAAAAAGAGCCACUUAAGGACAGUGGAGCAUUGUUUUCACAUGUGUGAUAGAAUGGUUAUCUAUUUCUUCAUUGCUGCUUCUUACGCUCCAUGGUUAAAUCUUCGUGAACUUGGACCCCUGGCAUCUCAUAUGCGUUGGUUUAUCUGGCUCAUGGCAGCUGGAGGAACCAUUUAUGUAUUUCUCUACCAUGAAAAGUAUAAGGUGGUUGAGCUCUUUUUCUAUCUCACAAUGGGAUUCUCUCCAGCCUUGGUGGUGACAUCAAUGAACAACACCGAUGGACUUCAGGAACUUGCCUAUGGGGGUUUAAUUUAUUGCUUGGGAGUUGUGUUCUUCAAGAGUGAUGGCAUCAUUCCAUUUGCUCAUGCCAUCUGGCACCUGUUUGUGGCCACGGCAGCUGCAGUGCAUUACUACGCCAUUUGGAAAUACCUUUACCGAAGUCCUACGGACUUUAUGCGGCAUUUAUGACCAAUCUGUACUAGGUCUCCAAACCAGUAUUAUUUCAAUUAUGGCACUUGAGAGUGAGGUGAGAGCUGAACAUUGCACAGGGAAAGAAAAAAAAAAAAUACGAUAACCGCACUGACUUUCUUUAUAUCUUUUGAAUAUAAUUACUGUGAAAGUAUAAAGGCUGUGCUCUGGAAUUUUCCCCCUCACAGCAAAUAAAUAUAAGGUAGUGAAUUAAUUAUCCAUUCCAUUCCACUAUUGUGAAGGACUCUGAAUAGACUUGGCCAACUGAUGUUUACAAACCAGAAUUUUGUAUUUUAGUUUUACAGAUUUUACUACAUGAUUUUUCUAAAUUACUAUGUCAGGUUAUAAAAGUCAGUGCAAUAACAAAGCUUCCUUUUUAAGAAGAAAAUUGUUUCUAUCACUUUCCCAUUCACUAGGUAAAGAAUCAUGAACAGAACUUACACUACUUUUUACCAUGUUUCAUCUUGGCAUAACAUGGUUCUUUUUUAAAUAGAAACUUUAGUUUUUUGUAAAUUUUUUAAAAAACGAUUUCAUUGAAACACAUCUCUGCGGGUCCUCAUUCAUGUUGUGAAUUUUUGCAGCAAGCAGUCAACAUUCCACAAACGAACAAACAUUAUACCUCUUCUGAUAGUUUUAUGAAGCAUGGAGAAAUUGCCAAUUUUUAAAACUACGGUUUUCCAAACUUUUUGCCAACCUCUUACUCUGAAUUCAGUGCUGCUUUGAGACAUACACUUGACCUAGCCUGUUUUACCAGUGAUGGAAAAGUAUUUUGAUAUCAUUAACUUUUUCAAAAGAUCCAACUUUAUGCCUUUGCCACAUUCUCUUCAGGGUCUCUUUCAACAUUGGAUGAGUAUUUUGUCUGUAUUUUGUAUGUAUUGGGACGGCCAUCUGCUGAAACUCCUGAAGAGCAUUAUGUAUUACAGUGAGCAGUUGUAUUCCCUGUUUGGUGCCCAAUGGUUAAGUCGUAGUCAUUUAGCUUUAUAUUGUCAGUUUGAUAUUUAUUUUAAAUUGUGGAACUAGACACAUAAAUUCACAUUUCU